UAUUAGCCGGUAUUAGAAAUAAUAUGUGAUUAGUCUACUAAGCCUUAGCGCAUUCUUCGCCUAGUAAGAAGCGACCGUGAGACAUCGUGGUAAAUGCUAGCACACUCAGAAACUGAUUGAAUGAGCCGUUUGACAUCUACUACAUCUAUAAGGUCAGAAGUGUCAUGUGUCCAUUUUGUCAAGAUCAAGAAUGUUAUUAUUGCUCUAUAAACCGUGAGUAAUAAUACAAUAUCUCAAAAUCUAUUGCAACGAACCCAUGGCAGUCUUCCACUUCACCAUGGCCUGGCUGGCUUGGCUACUUUGUUUAUUGUCCCUCACAGCUCAGGCCACGUCGCUGGACCGUGUCUGCCACCAACUCCAAUCGCAGUACAGCAACCUCACCACUCUCGCUGGAAAUAACACUCAAUAUACCGCUCUGGCAGAGGAGAAUUGGUCCCAGACAGCAUGGGGAUACCCGUCGUGCAUUGUUCAACCGGCCAAUGCGGCUCAAGCACAGGGCAUCGUCCGUCUAGUAACAGAGCAUCAGGUCCCCUUUGCCAUCCGCUCAGGGGGGCAUUUACCUUCGCCACUUGGCGCUAACAUCAAUCGCGGGGUGCUGAUUGACACCUCGUUUCUGAAAACGCUGGACUAUGAUGCUACCAACGAAGUUGUCACUAUUGGGGCUGGUCUACGAUGGCGGGCGGUCUACACUGAGCUAGAGAAGUACGGACGCACAGCAGUUGGAGGCCGUAUUAUGGAUGUUGGAGUGAGCGGGUUGUUACUGGGGAGCGGGCUUUCAUACCUCUCCGACCUCUAUGGUCUGGGCUGUGACAACGUUGUGAAUUUCGAGGUGGUGAUUGCCAACGGGACGCUGCUCAAUGCCAAUGCCACAUCGAACCCGGACCUUUUCUGGGCCUUGAAGGGAGGCGCUAAUAACUUUGGCAUCGUCACCACCUUCACCGUGCGCACCUAUCCUAUCGGCAAUGUCUGGGGCGGCAUCAAGAUAUACGGCCUCGACCAGCUCCCUGAUGUCCUUGCCGCCCUCAACACCUACCAAUUAGUCGCUAAUAAGGAUCCCUACGCCAAUCUGAUGGUACAGGCGGCCACCAUGAACUCCAGUAUCGGGGUGUUGCUAAAUCUCGUAUAUUUGAAACCUGAGGCGAGUCCCGCCGCCUUCGAGCCUUUCUACGGAAUCCCUCCGUUGAAAGAUAUGACUACUAUCCAGUCUUUUGUUGAUUUUAUGGAUGGGGCAGUUAUGCCUGAUAUUCCACGGUGGGAUUGGCACGCAACAAGCUUCCAACCCUCUGCCUCCCUCUACUCGCAGAUCGCUGACAUAGUAGUCAACUCCUCAGUGAUCAACGAGCUGCGUACCGUCAACACAGCCACCCUUGUCCUAGGCAUCCAACCUAUCUCCUCCAGCGUCGUAGAUGCGGGUGUAGCGGCAGGUGGCAAUGCCCUAGGCCUGAAUGCAGUCAACCAGACCUGGCUGGUGCUGGAUAUCGGGUGGGCCGAUGCAACGGAUGAUGCCAAGGCACAUCGCCUGACCGGGACGCUGAGGGAACAGAUCGAGCAGACAUCCGUGGAUGCAGGGCGCCAUGUGGAGUAUAUUUUUAUGAAUGAUGCGAGCUGGGACCAGGACGUUAUUGCACACUAUGGAUCGCAGAGUUUAGGUCAGUUAAGGGCUGUUAGGGACUUGUAUGAUCCUACGAGGGUGUUUGGACGGCUGGUGCGAGGCGGAUUCAAGCUGGGUACCUAGAUAGAACUCGCUGACCAGGUGGCUUUUACGUGUCAAAUGUUAAAAUAUUACAAAUAUUAGCAGUUGAAGAGUAAUGCCUUUUUAAGGCGGCAGUAAAACAUUAUUUUUAGGUUAGAUACAUAUAUGCAUACAUAGUAUGAC